GAAUAUCAGUACAUAUCAGUUUUUCAGUACAUGCAGGUGCAUAACGCGUCGGUUAUUCACAGUUCACACAGCGGUUGACGAUUAUCGGGACGUAAAGGUGCGGUAACGGGCACCUCGCGGAGUCACUGUCGCAGGUCAUCGUGAUUGCGAAAAAUGCGACAGCCGCGCGUAUGAGCAAACUCCUAGGUAAAAGAGGAAAAAAAAAAGAAAAGAAAGGGAAAAUCGACGUAUUUCCGUGCGCGGACAUCGUGCAUAACAAUAUAAGUACGCCACGCCACGGUGAAUAAUAAGUUGCGCCACAGUCCUUGAACCGUGCAAAAACAAAACAAUCAUGGAAUCAUCAGACAGUAGAAAGAACGUAUAUCUUACAAAAACCGGGGACAAUUCCUUGAACUCUGGAAUGAGAGAGACUAUGAUUGUCGGCCAGGCUAAUAUGGUACCAGAGUGUGCAGAAGGAGUGAUGAAACCCAACAAUGUGUCCAAUGUUUCCGCUAAUCAGACAAAGUGGACUAAUGGCGGUUCUAAAAAUUAUAUCACAAUACCGGUAAAGAACGAGGUCGUACAUCUUGAAGACGGUAAUGCACAUUGCAACAACAAGAAAAUGUAUUAUUAUGAUAGACACUACACUGGGCAUGAGGAACCAGAAAGACCAACACGCAGAGGAACAAAAAGAUACAGAGACAAGGAUGCACCAAAACGGGCAUUAUCUGCAUUUUUCUACUUCUGCCAAGAACUACGUGGCAAGAUGAGAGAAUUGCAUCCUGAGAUGGGAGUAGGUGACAUUGCAAAGGAAUUAGGAAAAUUGUGGAUGAGUACGGAUUUACAGACAAAAUCCAAAUAUAUGGCCAUUGCAGAGGAAGACAGAGCUCGAUACGAAAGAGAAAUCAUCGCAUAUAACAAGAGAGUUAAAAAUUAUGACCCGGAAGAAGUUGGAACCGUAUAAAUUAUAAUAUGGACUCAUGGGAUGGACAAGGAUGACAACUUUAUUCUAAUUCAAGAACUGCAGAUAGUCGGAGUUCAAACUUGCAACAGACAAGCGAGUUUUACUACUAACCUAGAAUUAUCGUUGUAUAUAUUAUGUAUACUGUUGAUAUUGUCCGGAAA